AUUUUGUUGACGGAUGGCAUUUUGUAAGACAGGAAACAAGAGAAGAAGACUGAUAGAACCCAUGCAAAUAAGGACCAAUAAUCUGUCAGAACAACCUGCAAGAAGAUCCUGUGUGCAACUUUGGAUUUGAGGAUUGUGAUUUUUGUUUUUUUUUUUGUAUCUUUGAGAGACGAGGAAAUAUUAUUAGUCCCAAAAACUAAAUCUGAAAUGGGCACCGAGGAGAAAGACUCAGAGCCAGCAGCUCAGCAACUGCUGAAAGAGCAGGGCUCGACAGAGAAGGAAAGUGAUUCACCUGUGGAACAUCCUCAAGGAUCUGAAAACACCGACCCCCUCAACACAUACAAGUGGCACACCGGCGCUAAGGGGACGCUGGACGAGGUGAAGGAGGAGGGACAGGCUCCGACGGCCUCCCCGACGUCAACCAUCGAUAAGAUCCACAAAGCCUCCACCAACAAAUGGAACAAAAUGCAAAACUGGCGCAAAGCCCUGAGCGAGGACACUGGAGAGAAACUGUCUUCUGGUGGGAAAGGCGGAGACGGAGCCAAGGCCGACAAAGCCCCGAGCGGGACCAGAAAAAACCCCUUCAAAAGGGCCCUGUCCGAGCCCCCCGGGUCUCUGUUCGCGGCCCUGUCCCCGUCCUCCGGCUCGUCCAGCUCAGCCCAGGGAGCUCCACCCUCAGCCGCUGCAGAAGCCUCGGGGGCCUCGGGGGCCACGGGGGUGUCCCCUACAGACCAGAAAGGAGGCGGGGGGGCGCUGUUCAAAAAGUACCUGAGGACCGUGUCCCAGAAACUCAAGAAGCCCAAACUGCAGAGUCGGAGCAGCACGCCAUCUUUAUUAACAGAUGUGGCGGACGUGGCUGAGCCGGCUCCAACUGUGCCCUCUGAACCCCUCAGACUCCCAUGGGUCCCACCUCAGGAGGUCCCCUUAUGGGACAUCAGCAACUGUAUCCUAGAAGAUGGACAGAUUCUCAUCUCCCCAGAGGAAGAGCCAACGAUGUGGACCCGCAACCGUGUCAGCAGCUGUCUGUCCAACUUCAGCAUGCAGAACCUGGUAGACAUCGAGUCAGAGUGCAGCCCGGACCAUGUGGGUCAACCAGGAGGUCCUCGACCAAAGGUCCAAGACGGUGGAGUGAGGGCGCUCAUUAAAAGACGUCUUGAGAGCAAGGCCAAGAGGAAUAGCAACCCCCCGCCGAACCCCAUGGGACUGCACAAAGGAAGCAGGCAUUAUGGUUCCCGGGAAUCUGUGUCGAUCCCUCUGAGUACAGUGGGCAGUCUGGACCUGAGCGCGGACACCAGCACCGUCAUCAGGCCCGUCCACAGCUCCAUUCUGGGGGAAAAGUACUGCUUUGAGGUGAUCAGCUCUGACAACAGUCACUGCUUUGGAUGCUCCUCAGCUGCUGAGCGGGACCGUUGGAUUGAAGAUCUGAGACGAGCUGCCCAACCCAACAAGGAUAACAUCGAGCGCACAGAGAACUCCCUGAGUCUGUGGAUAAACGAGGCCAAGGAUCUGCCGCCUAAACGACGUUAUUACUGCGAGGUCCACUUAGACGGGACCCUGUUCGCUCGCACCAGCAGCCGAGCGGUAGGCAAGCCGUCGAACCGGUCCAGCCUGGCAGGUGACGGCUCUACGGGUUCCUCAGGAGGUGUGGGCCCCGGUGGAGGUGCUACUGGAUGUCAGCUCUUCUGGGGUGAAUUCUUUGAGCUCGAUAACCUUCCUGCUGUCUCCCAAAUUACCCUGCACCUUUUCCGUGAGGAAGACCCCAAGAAAAAACGUCACUCCCGAGAUGAGUCCAGCUUACACCCACUGGGCAGCGUCGCAAUCCCUUUGGCUGAGAUCCGUGGGAGGACCUACCAGGAGAAGUGGUACCCCAUCACCCCCCAUAAAGUACAGGGCGCAGCAGGAAACAAAGAACCACUGGGCCUUCAGGCUUCGCUUCGCAUUAAGGCCCGUUUCCAGAAUCUGCAAGUGCUGCCCAUGGAGAAGUACAAAGAAUUCGCAGAGUAUGUGACUGUCGACUAUGUGGAAAUGUGCCGAAGUCUGGAGCCCCUUCUGACCGUGAAGGAGAAGGAAGACCUGGCAGGAGCGCUGGUCCAUGUGCUGCAGAGCAUCGGAAAAGCCAAGGAGUUUCUAAUUGACCUGGGGAAUGCAGAAGUGGAGCGUCUUGGAGAGAACGAUGCACUUAUCUUCAGAGAAAACACACUGGCAACUAAAGCCAUUGAUGAGUAUAUGAAGCUGGUCGGCCAGAAGUACCUGUUCGAUACAUUAGGAGACUUCAUCAGUCAUCUUUAUGCCUCUGUGGAAAACUGUGAAGUGGACCAUCGUAAAUGUCCUGCGUCUGAGCUAUCAAACAACCAGAAGCACUUAAAAGAAGUCUGUGAGGAAGUGGUGCAGAAGAUUACUGAGAUCCAUGGACCCUUUCCUGAAGAGUUAAACAGGAUCUUCUCCAGCUGGGUGGAGCUUUGUGAAGACCAGGGCAGACAGGAAAUCGGCCAGCGUCUCAUUUCUGCCUCGCUGUUUCUUCGCUUCUUAUGUCCUGCCAUCCUCAGUCCUUCUCUUUUCAGUCUGACGCAGCCUUACCCAGAGCCAAACACCCUGCGGACCCUCACCUUAACGGCCAAAGUCAUCCAGAACCUGGCCAACUUCACUUUGUGAGUGCUUUCUGAUUUGCACACAAACA